UUAUGCUGAAAGAGAUGUCACUUUAAAAAUGCUGUAAGCUUCUUUUAUAACAUGGCGAUGUGGUUAUUACUAUUUUUAUUGACAGUUUUUUGUGAUAUCCAGAUAUCAUGGCAGAUGGCGGAAAAAAUUAUCAUACCCUUUUCCCGUUUACAACAAAUGGGGUUUGUAGCUGAACCUCACAAAUUUAAUAAAUACAGCGCAAAACGUAUGGAUAUAAACUCAAAUUCAAACAUUGAAGUUCCUAUAGAAAUUGCACGACAACUUGGUCUUUUAAACCCUGGAGGACCUGGAGGCUGCGCAUCUAAUGGUCCUGGAGGUAGAUCUGCGCCAGGAUGUGAUGUAAAAGCAAAAUCAAUAUCUGAGGUUCAAAUUAAUGGCAAAGGAGACUAUAGUGCACCAGUUGGACCAGUGUUUAGUGUUGGUGAUCAGCCUCCGCCUGGCGUUAUUCAUCCGGAAAUGCUGACAUUAAAUUUAAAAGGCAAAGACGGAAGAAUUGGUAAACCUGGACCAAAAGGGCCACCUGGUGAUCCAGGUCCACCAGGUCCACAAGGACCAACUGGACCUAAAGGUGACCAAGGUGAUGAAUGUGUUGCUUCUAAAAUGCCAAAAGAGAAACAAUGCUCACCUGAUAUUGUCAAUCUUCUUUUACAAAGAUUGGAUAAGCUUGAACAUAACUGUGCAUGGAAUACAACUUUGCUUGCGUCAAUAACAUUAAACGUUGUUAACACACUUGCAAACCAACGUCACCCAAAACCAAAGGCUCAAGUUGUAAAGGAACAAAGACCCUUACCUCCACCUCCUCCACCUCCUCCUCCGCCUCCUCCACCGCCACCAGUUUAUUAUGCACCACCACCACCUCAAUAUGCACCACCACCUCAAUAUGCACCACCACCUCAAUAUGCACCACCUCCUGCUCCACGUCCUGCAGCACCAUCAUAUAAUGAUUUUAAAGGAAAUGCCAAUGUACAAUCUGAUGUUAAGAUCAACCUAGUAGGUACAGACAAAGAUAGAUCAGCUGCAGCAUGUCGUCGAUCAGGUCUUUGUGGUUCAGAUGCUUCUAACCCAGCAUCAACUAAUCAAGCUCUUACGCUACAAGCAUUGCAGGAACUAAUGACUAAUCAAAAGCAGCAACCCGUAGCUAAAGAUACGGCAACAAUUUUAAUUAACGGAAUACCAGUUAAAAUACCUCUGGGAAAAUAGAUAUUAAACAUAUAAUAUAUAUAUAUAUAUAUAUAUAUAUAUAUAUAUAUAUAUAUAUAUAUAUAUAUAUAUAUAUAUAUAUAUAUAUAUAUAUAUAUAUAUAUAUAUAUAUAUAUAUAUAUAUAUAUAUAUAUAUAUAUAUAUAUAUAUAUAUAUAUAUAUAUAUAUAAGCCACGUUACCAAUACAAGCUAUAGAUGUACAUAAAAAUUUUAAAACACGUCAAUUAAAUACUUUCAACUUUGAAACGUUUUAAUGCACAAAUACAAUAACAAUUUUUUAUAUAAAGAGUUUUAACAAUUUUUAUUGUGUUAUUUAUUGUGCAAUUUAAUCUGAUGCAUUUUUAUUUUAUUUUUAGUAUCAAAGUACCAACCGAAACGCAUGUGACUUAACUUUUUCCAAAAAGUUAAUAUUUUAUCUCUUUAAAGCGCAAGUAUGCAUCUAAAUGUUAUAUGAUACCUUUUAAAUGUUUAUAGCGCAAAUAUGAAAGUAUUUCAUAUUUUUUUUAAUUAUAUAUUAUCAUAGUGACUUGAACUCAAAA